AUGAAGUCGAUCUGGAGCACAGCUGUUUUGGGGAUCGCCUUCCUCCUCGUCGGUUGCGGGGCCUUCAGCCUGCCGAACGCUCCCGACAACCUGACCAAGGAACAGCGUUCCGCGGCUACCGUCUCAGCCAGCAUUGCGGAAGAGAUAAGCCGUGAGUACCUGAAGUACCACCGGACGGGAAUCGAAACGACGAGGCUCCAGCAGCUGGGACAGGAUCUGCGGAACAGCCACAGCAAGAAGGCCAUCUUCACGGAGUCCAUGGCCGAUCUGAGCUCCACGGACCAGUUCUUCGUCUGCACCCUGUGCAGGUCCACCGUGAAUGUGUUUGCCCGAACCUUCACCCAGGGAGAGCUGAGUGGCCCGGAGCGGGAUGACGAGGCCAAGAGGCUGCUGCUGGGACUCUGUGACUACUUUGCGGUCAGCACCCAAGAGGUGUGCUCUGGAAUGUUCGAUCUCAACUGGCCCAUUUUUGACUUCAUCCUGAACGAAACGGUGGCCAGCUCGCAGUCCUUCUGCAGCAUGCUGCCCAUCGACAUUUGCCAGGUGAAGCAGGAUGAGUACAAUCUCACCCUGAGCAUCCGGGGUGACUCGCCCACCGAGUCGAACUCGAAUUUGCCCGCCAAGAGCUCCGAGGAUAUCCUGGUGCUCCACCUGACCGACAUCCACUACGAUCCCGAGUACGCCGAGGGCAGCAAUGCAGUGUGCGACGAGCCCAUGUGCUGCAGGAACUCCCUAGCCGCAGGCUCCGAUUCCUCGGCAGCAGCCGGCUUCUGGUCCGACUACCGCGACUGCGACUGCCCCAAGCGCCUCAUUCUGAGUGCCUUCGACCACAUCCGGGAGAACCACAAGAUCCAGUGGAUCUACCACACCGGGGACGUGCCGCCCCACAACGUGUGGUCCACCACCAAGCAGGGAAACCUGGACAUGCUGAGCGAAAUCGACGACCUGCUGGCCGAGUACUUCCCCACCACGCCCAUCUAUCCCUGCCUCGGAAACCACGAGCCCCACCCGGCGAACGUUUUCGGCAACGACGAGGUGCCUGAGCAGCUGAAAGUGGACUGGCUGUAUGAGCACGUUUGGAGCCUGUGGUCCAAGUGGCUGCCCGCCGAGGCUAAGGACACUGUCCUGCGGGGAGGAUACUACACCGUCUCCCCAAGCCAAGGACACCGGAUUGUGGCGCUGAACAGCAUGGACUGCUACCUGUACAACUGGUGGUUGUUCUACAACGCCACCUUGAUCCAGGAGCAGCUGCAGUGGUUCCAUGACACCCUACUGGCGGCCGAGCAGGCGGGCGAGUCGGUCCACAUCCUCACCCACAUUCCCGCUGGCGACGGCGACUGCUGGAGCAGCUGGGCCCAGGAGUACAACAGGGUUCUCACGCGAUUCAACGCCAUCAUCACUGGAGUGUUCAGCGGCCACACCCACAAGGACGAGAUGAACCUGCACUACUCCGAGGAGGGCUACGCCACGGUGGUCAACUGGAAUGGGGGCAGUCUGACCUCCUACUCGAACAAGAACCCCAACUACCGGCUGUACGAGCUGAGCGCGGGAAACUGGCGGGUGCUGGAUCACCACACCUUCACCUUCAACCUGACCGAGGCUAAUCUGAGCCCCAGCGAGCAGCCCAAGUGGAGUUUGGAGUACCAGUUCACCAAGGAGUACACCGAGGACACCAGUCCCGCGGGAAUCGAUCGCCUGCUGCAGGAAAUGGCUGAGAGGCCCGCUCUGCUGAGGAAGUUCUGGCGCCACAAGUUCACCAACUCGGAUCCCAAGUUGGCGGAGGGCUGCGAUGACGCUUGCCUCGGCAAGACAAUCUGCAGGCUGGCUACCAGUAACUACCAGGAGCGCACCCGCUGCAAGGAGCUGCAGGCCAUCCUGGCGGAGAGUUUGGAGAACGAGACAGACACCGAUGACAAUGGCGGUGGAGGAGCUCCUGGCCUGACUGCCCUCAGUUUGGGUUCUCUGCUGGCGCUCCUAGCUGCAUCCAGAGUUCUUGGCUGAGACUUAUCAAUGCCACUCUCCUAUUCUUAGACCACAUUAUCAUAAGCCAUAGCCGCGCCCAUAAAGGGGCCGUAAAACUACUAAAGAAAGACCCGAAGCCAAUAAAAACACACUUUUCUUAUAGUCAA